AGGCAGGGCUGAGCCACAGGGGACCGGCAUGGGAACGGAUAGGGUCGUGAGGCGCAGAAGCCUGAUCAGCUUCGCUGGCAGAUGGGAAGACAGGUCCUUCAAGGGACCUUGAAGGCAGUGGCGCAGUCGGCAGGCGCGCUCCAUCUGGUGGAGUUCUGUUUUUUUGUCGCCGUCUGCCCUUCUCUGUCUUUGCCAGGCAGGCAGACUCGGUUCACCCGCGCUCCAGACUCUGCGGCCCAGCACGGACUGGUGAGGGCCUCUGUAGCGGCACAGGUCAUUAGGAGUCCUCCCGGCGUUUUCUCCCGGUCUGCACCAUGCCGGCGGUGCUAGGUUUUGAAGGCAGCGCCAACAAGAUUGGCGUGGGAGUGGUGCGGGAUGGCGAGGUGCUGGCGAACCCGCGGCGAACCUACGUUACGCCACCGGGCACAGGAUUCCUCCCAAGUGCCACUGCCAGGCAUCACCGAGCUGUUAUCCUAGACUUACUGCAGGAGGCACUAACAGAAGCUAAAUUAACCUCCCAAGACAUUGAUUGCAUUGCUUACACCAAAGGUCCUGGCAUGGGUGCCCCAUUGGCUUCUGUAGCCGUUGUAGCCCGUACAGUGGCCCAGCUGUGGAAUAAACCAUUGGUAGGUGUGAACCAUUGUAUAGGCCACAUUGAAAUGGGCCGUCUCAUCACUGGAGCCAACAGCCCAACUGUGUUAUAUGUCAGCGGAGGAAAUACUCAGGUCAUUGCCUACUCAGAACAUCGGUACCGAAUCUUUGGGGAAACCAUCGAUAUUGCUGUGGGUAAUUGCCUGGAUCGCUUUGCUCGGGUGCUGAAGAUUUCCAAUGACCCAAGUCCAGGUUACAACAUUGAACAGAUGGCAAAACGAGGCAAGAAGCUAGUUGAGCUGCCAUAUACGGUAAAGGGGAUGGAUGUCUCUUUCUCAGGGAUUCUGUCUUUCAUUGAGGAUGCAGCCCAUCGGAUGUUAGCCACAGGCGAGUGUACUCCUGAGGAUCUAUGUUUCUCCCUGCAGGAAACUGUGUUUGCAAUGCUGGUGGAGAUCACAGAGCGAGCCAUGGCACAUUGUGGCUCCCAGGAGGCCCUCAUUGUGGGAGGUGUUGGGUGUAAUGUGAGGCUGCAGGCGAUGAUGCAGACAAUGUGCCAGGAACGCGGAGCCCAGCUUUUUGCCACAGAUGAGAGAUUCUGCAUUGACAAUGGAGCCAUGAUAGCCCAGGCUGGCUGGGAGAUGUUUCAGGCUGGACACAGGACCCCCCUCAGUGAUUCUGGGAUUACACAAAGGUAUCGAACAGAUGAAGUAGAAGUGACAUGGAGGGACUAACAAGAUUAACAAGAUCAGAAUAGGUGGUUCCUUAAGUGGAGCUCAGAGGACCCUGGGUAUUAAUCUCUCUCCUGAUGUGGGAAUCCUGGCAAUGCUGUGGACUCCCCUCUACUUCGGGAAGGCUGUGGAUUCCAUAAAAGGCUUGGGGUCCCCUCUAGAACCUCAAGAUGAAUCAACAAUAAAAUACUUUGGUUUUGUA